AUGGAGCCGCGCAAGAACACUUCGGUAUUCUUGACCAGCCUUGUCUUCUAUGAUGAGCGAGGGCAGGAUACCCAGGAGGAGAGGGAUGACUCCGUCGGCUUUCUUGUUCCAUUCCGUGUCCCCCCGAUGCCGCGUUCCAUCACUACACAUCGCUAUGUGUCACUGAAUCUUCUGCCGAGCGGCAGAAGUGGCAACUCUCGCACGUUAAUGAGCUGGGAAAAGCAGAUAAUCCUCGCUCGACUGCAGAAAAAUGCCCCUCUCGACACAGAGGCCUUUCAGCGACGUUUGUCAUGUACGAAAAGACGAAACGGUCGCCAGUGCAUUCGCCAGGUGCUCGAUAGGGCGGAGGAGGCGAAGCAGGCGGCGAUAGUGGCGAGAGAGACGGCCUUUCUGCAGAUAGAGGAGCGGCGAAAGUGUAUCUUCUACAAGCAUCAACAUUUAGUGGAGAUCAAGCGACGUGAGGAAUCUCUGGAUCGGGCGAUAAGGUGGUCUACCAUCGUCGUCUGUCAUGUCUUCCUGGCAGCCCUCAUGCAGGAACGGCGGGUACAGGAGGCGAUGAACACUCUUAGCUUCUUAAUGGCGCCAAUGGUUCGGCGUUUUCUCGGGCUGCGUGCGAGGCGCAGGGAGACAGAACAGCUGACGCGCAGCCACCUUAGCGAUAUCCCAUUCCCCUACCCACAUAUCAUUCAGAGCAUGAGCGGCACGUUCUUUGAGGGCUGGCCCUCGGUGCUGCUGGAGAAGUUAGUGGAGAAGGUGAAACCGUGCUACCUGCGUAAGGGAAGCUAUCUGAUGCAUGAGGGUGAUGUGGGUCGUGUUAUGUACAUGGUCACCCUGGGGGCCGUAUCAAUUGUGCUUCGCAAAAAGGGGCCCGACAAGCGCCGCACAAAGGACAAUUCGAUCGGCGUCCUACAGAUCCAGGCACCGUGCUACGCAGGUGAGUUCGCGCUAGUGUGCAAAGAGCCGCGUUCGGCAUCCAUCAUCUGCGAGACGGACAUCGGUUACUGGGCUGUCUCGCCGGAGGACUACGAGGACGUGGUGAAGUACCUAAGUCCGGCGGUAGCCAGCAAGCAACGGGAGGCCACAGAUGUGCGUCGUCGCCAGAACCUCCAACGCUUUUUUCCUCUGCACGUGGCUUUCCUGCGCAACUUCCCGUACUUUGCACAAUUUAGCGACAACAGCCUUUUGCGGUUGAUCGACAGCGUCGAACCGAUUGUCUUGCACGACGGGGACUACCUCUUUCGAGAGGGCGAGAUGAACUCCUCAACCUACUUUGUGCAAGACGGGGUGGCAGUCCUGCGCGAUCACGAAGGCACUCAGCGAAAGGUCUUGAAGGGAAGCUGUGUUGGUGUUUUCGAGUGCUCCUGCGGCGUCAACGAGCCGAAGCGCAGCUCCAUUGUGAGCGUCGACUACUGUGACAUAUGGCGUCUGAGUCGGGAGCCGCUCAUCGAGAUAGGCAUGAGCGAGCCAGCAGCACUUCUGCACUGCCGUAGUGCGGCCAAGAGGGACCGGGCAUCAGAGAUGCACAAAGACAAGGUGGCGCUGCAAUUCUUCCGGAAAGACCCGUACAUGUCCUUCUGCUGCCCUGGCUCCACACUCGCCAACCUUUUUGAGGCGAGCACCCCGACCGUCUUCCUCAACGGUGAGCGCCUCGCGCUCAUGGGGAAAACCUUGAAUGCCGUGACAGUGGUCAUGAGCGGUGUGCUCGACAUUACCAUGUCGAGGAACGCAGAGCAUACAACUGUCAGAGUGCAUGUGGCACCUAACGCCGUCAGCAAUGCAACUCUUCGAAGCGCCAGCGCCCCAUUCCGCGGUCUGAGUCGCGUCAUUGGGGCAUACGAGUUUGCCUCGUCGCUCUCUCAAUAUGUGUGCACUGUGACGAGUGUUGGGUUGACAGAGGCCUUCGUCAUCGAGCGGGCACAGCUGGACACAAAGGUUCCUGUUGCCCUCCGUGGUAUGAUACACGACACUGUCAGCAGCAGGGAGUGUGUAAGUCGCGCUUACAAACUGGAGAAUGCGGGCUUGCUGUACAACGACGAAGCCUUGAGUUUCGUACGGCUUUACAGAGAACUGCGAAACGCCGAGCGUGAAACGCGUAAGUGA